UAGUGGGUGGAUUUCAUCUGGUAACCUUCCUUUCUCUUGUGUUGCUGCAAGUUUUCUAAGUCUAUAAUGGCAGCUAGACCAACAAAAUCAUAUAAAAUAGUUGUGGUUGGUGAAAAGGGAGUGGGAAGGAGAAGUAUCAUAUCAAAAUACACCAAUGAUGAUAGACCAUUUGAUCGUUCUAAAUUUAAGAUAAAGACCAUAGAGCUUGAUUCUGAAACCAUUGAGAUAAAGAUAUCAUUCAAAGAUAUCCAUGAUGAGGAUUGGCAAUAUCUAUUUGGAUGGGGCAUAAUGUUGGUAUAUGAUGUUACUAAUAAGAACUCAUUUGAUUUUAUUGAGGAUUUAGAUUGGCUGCACAGAUUUGCUAGAAGAAGAUUACUGGUAGGUAAUAAGGUAGACCUGGAAAGCCAGAGAGUAGUUCCAAAGGAAAAAGGAGAGCAAUUAGCUAAGGAAAGGAGCAUAUCCUUUCUAGAGACGUCAGCUGUCACUGACACUAAUAUUGAUAAGGCAUUUGAAACCAUUAUCAGGGAUCUCAAGAAGUAUUAUAGUUUGGUAAGUUUUUUCCCAAAUGAUAUUGCUAUACAGCCAUGCAUCUUAUAGGAAGAGCAUGUAAGCUUGA